CAUGUUUACUACAUAAAAAAUACAGAAAAUGAUUGUGAUGGAGUGUAUGCUACCCCACCUUCCUCUGGACUGAUGACAUGCCUUGCCGCCAGCUGGGUCAAUUAACGAGCAGCUUCAACAGGUUAAAACCCAGCUGCAGAUCAAUUGGCAUUCGCUGGCUCAAGGAAACAAUGGAGAAGGCUUUUGUUAUUAAAGGUAAGAAAACUACUAUUCUAAUACUCGAGAUGGAUAUAUUAAUUGGUGUCCAAUCCGACAAUGGGAUUUUGAGUGGGAUCUAACAUUUCUCCUCCUAGAUAUGAAAAGCUUUGACUGUUCGUCUCCGUCGGAGCUCGACAGGAAGUUUUUUGGGGACCAGAGUUUGCCGCCUGCUCUGUUGCUGGAGCAGUCACGAGGGUCAAGCGACGACACCGUGGCGGACGACUCCGAUGCCCGGCUGUCCCUCCUGACUUCCCUCUGCCUGUCGUCGGACCCCAAUUCUCCCUCUCUGACGUUCUCCUUGCACAAGUUGAACAACCAGGAGGCCGCCGCCUGUCACUUGGCCGUGCCUUUGCAGGGAAAGUCGUCCACUCCUCACGUGCUCCUGGGAAAGCAGAUGAAAUCUGCCGGUUUUGACCGGUUGAAUGGCGACAUGACCGCCUCUCAAAUGUCUUGGGACGUGUCUCUGAUUAAAUCGGAGAACAGCCCGAAACCCUGCCUGGAGUCCAGCGCUCUGGAGGCAACAUGGAGUCCAAAACUCCAGUCCACACAAGCUGAAGUCUCUCCCUGACGAGGCCA